AUGAAUCAAAAAAAAAUAAUAGUAGUAUUAUUAGUUGCAAUAAUAUCAAGUUGGUAUUGUAAUGCAAAAUCACAACCAACUCCAACACCAUCAUCAAAAUACCCAGUACCUCUGAUACCAGGUCAGAGAAAUGCAGUUCAUGGAUGGCUGAUUUUGCCACUCGAUCAAUUCCUUCCAAAUCCAAAUGACCCAGCACAACCAGUUCAAGCAUACUUCUCACAUCACACUCCAGAAUUCCCAACAGACUCUCCACACGACUUCCAAAUCAUCUUCCUCGGCACUCUCACUCCACUUAGCUCAGGAGAGAACAUUACCUAUCCAAUCGACUUGCCAUAUCCACCAGCAAGCGAAUUACUUCAAUACGAAUUUACUUUUACACCACCUCCACCUUUCUCUUUGAACGACUUGCUCUCUGGCCAAAUCAAACAAUUACUCGGUGUCGUCUACAACGGCAGUUUCGACACACCCUACGAAAGAGAAGCAAUUUCAGUUGCCACUCUCGACAUUUACGAGUUAACCACUGCAACCUACUUGAACGACUCUCAAUCCAUCCAGAGCUACACCUCUCAACGUUACCUCUCUUAUCCAAGACUUGGAAUGGGAUUGCCACUUCCAAGCGGUGGUCAACAUCAUUUCUACUGGGCACAUGAAAUUCAUGCUGUUCCUGAUUUCGAUCAAGUAGUUCAUGUUGUCAUCGAUCUUGACAGUUGUGUCUGUGGUAACAAUGCCACCAAUGGUUGCUCAAAUGAUCCAACCCAAUACAUUCCAACCGUUUAUCAAGCAGCAUCAUCAUGGGAGAUCCAAGGAAUUCCAAACGAUGUAGAACACAGAUUACUCCCAGAAACAACUCCAUACAUUCAAGCUACAUUAGUAUCAAAUGGUUUAACAUGUAAAGCUGAAGUAGUUGAACAAAUUCAUUGUGUAUUAGGCCCAAUGUUUUAUGAAAUUUGUUAA